AUGUCUAAACAGAGUCCUCCCCAGGAGAGUAAAGAGAGGGGCUCAGUCUGUGAAAGGUGUUACCUUGGAGAGCGUGAUGGAGCUGCUUGUAGGCCAAGGAUCACAGAACACCUUCAGAGGGCCACCAAGGAGGGAUCAGAUCCACCAACACCAACCUGUGAUUCAGUGAAGAGUGAUGACUCAAUGUUUCAGGGCAUCAAUUUCAGUCUAGGACAACCUACAGGUGCUGAAAGGUCCCAAAAGAAGAGACCAGAGUCACCGACACCCACCUAUGUGUCCAUAAAAAGUGAAGACUCAAUGUUUCAGGGCAUCAACUUUAGUCACCAAUCCCCCACCAAUACUGAGAGGUAUAUACAAGAGAGAUCAGAGUCACCAACACCAACCUGUGCUUCAAUGAAGAGUGAUGAUUCAAUGUUUCAGGGCAUCGACUUCAGUGUAGAACGACAUGCAAGCGCUAAAAGUGAGUCAAGUGUACACCGAGAAGAUCUCUUUAGAUGUGAAAAAUGCAAAAAGAAGCUGAAGGAUCUAGCCUCCAUUCCCAGUGGACACAGAUACUGCAGACAAUGCAUCUGUAAAUGGGAUUUGUCUGAAUUAAUACAAAUCCAGCAUGCAGAAUUCAGUCCUGCUAACCCAGACCAAUGCUACACUGGACCUGGAGAUGUAGUCUGUGAUUUCUGCAUUGUGGGGAAGCUGAGAGCUGUGAAGUCCUGUCUGACCUGCCCUGCCUCCCUCUGUGAGAACCAUGUCAGGCAGCACUACACAAUACCAGCACUGCAGAGACACACACUGGUGGAGGUGACUGGAGACCUGGAGCAGAGACUCUGUCAGCAGCACCACAGAGCUCUGGAGGUGUUCUGUAAAACUGACCAGACAGACAUCUGUAAAGUUUGUGCAGUGGAGGAGCACAAAGGCCACAGUAAAUUCUACAGAGAGUCUUGUGUGCUAGACACUGCAAGUUUCCUCAAGCUUACAGUGGAGAACAACAAAGAAGACUUUGGAAUCUUUCAAAGAAAACUGAGAGAGGAUUAUUCAGAGUGCUUUGGGAGUGAGCUGGAAGAUCUGGAUGUUUUUGUUGAGAAGAUGUUAGAAAGCUUUGGAGGAGAGGGGGCUCUGAGAAUCAUGUUUCACCUCCUGGGAAUUGCUUUUGGAAGGCAUGUCACAGAAGUUAACAAGCUGAAUCUGAUAAAAAGGUUUCAGCACAUAUCAGAGGGAAUUUCAACACAAGGAAAACUAAUCUUUUUGAAUGAGAUAUACACAGGGCUCUACAUUACAGAGGGUGGAGGUACAGAGGUGAAUAAUGAACAUGAAUUCAGACAGAUUGAGAUGACAUCGAAGACACAAAGCACUCAAGAGACUCCAAUCAACUGUUAUGACAUAUUUAAAACACUUCCUGGACAGAGAAAACAAAUCAGAACAGUGCUGACAAAGGGGGUGGCUGGAAUAGGAAAGACUGUCUCUGUGCAGAAGUUCAUUCUUGACUGGGCUGAAGGAAAAGCCAAUCAAGAUAUCAUGGUCAUAGUCCCUCUGCCUUUCAGGGAUCUCAAUCUGAAGACAGAGAACUACAGUCUCAAUCAACUACUUCAUCACUAUGCUCCUGAGCUGAAAGAGCUAAAAGAUAUUGAAGAUAACAAAAUCCAAUUGCUCUUUAUUUUUGAUGGCUUGGAUGAAUGUCGCUUUCCUCUGGAUUUCAAGAACAAUGAACUUUGUGGUGAUAUGACAAAAUCAACCUCAGUGGAUGUGUUGCUGACAAACCUCAUCAAAGGACAUCUGCUUCCCUCUGCUCUCCUCUGGAUAACCUCACGACCAGCAGCAGUCAAUCAAAUCCCUCCUGAGUGUAUUGAUCGGGUCACAGAGAUCCGUGGGUUCAAUGACCCCCAGAAAGAGGAGUACUUCAGAAAAAGAAUCAGUGAUCACAGCCUGGCUGACAAAAUCAUCACACACAUAAAGUCAUCAAGGAGUCUCUACAUUACGUGCCACAUACCAGUCUUCUGUUGGCUUUCAGCCACUGUGCUUGAGAAUAUGAUGAGCAUCAAAAACACAAGUGAAAUCCCCAGAACUCUAACUGAGAUGUACACUCACUUCCUGCACAUUCAGAUCAGUUUGAAGAAUAGGAAGUACCAUGGAGCCACAGUGGAAAACUCAAAGAAGCUGUCACAAUCAGACAAAGAGAUGAUUCUGAAACUGGGAGAGCUGGCUUUCCUACAGUUGGAGAAGGGUAAUCUGAUAUUCUAUGAAAAGGACCUGAGAGAUUGUGGCAUUGAUGUGAGUAAAGCUUCAGAGUACUCUUCAGUGUGCACAGAGAUCUUUAGAGAGGAGUUGGGAUUGUACAGGGAGAAGAAUUUCUGUUUUGUACAUCUGAGUGUGCAGGAGCAUCUUGCUGCAGUGUAUGCACAUGUUUCAUUUGUUACUAAGAAUAAAAAUGUUUUUGGCAAAGAGAAAAUUACCAAUGAGACCAGCAAAUUGGUACUUUCUGAUCUACACCAGACAGCCAUCUCCAAAACCUUGCAAAGUAAAAACGGACACCUGGAUCUUUUCCUCCGCUUCCUUCUUGGCCUCUCCCUGGACUCCAAACAGACUAUCCUACAAGAUCUCAUGACAGGAUGCUACCCAGAAAUGAAAAUAUCCUGUACUGCAGAGACAGUAAAGUACAUAAAGAUGAAAAUCAGAGAGGAAUCUCCAGACAGGAUCAUCAGUCUCUUCCACUGUUUGAAUGAGCUAAAUGACAAUUCUCUAGUGGAGGAAAUUCAGACUUCUUUUAAACUUGGAACUUUCUCUGUUAAAGAGCUGGAACCAUACCAGUGUUCAGCUCUGGCCUAUAUGCUGCUGAUGUCAGAGGAGGUGCUGGAUCAGUUUGACCUGAAGAUGUACAAAACAUCACCAACAGGUCAGCAGAGGCUCCUCCAAGUUGUGAAAAACUGCAGGAAGGCCAGACUGGACCACUGUAAUCUCUCAUCCGAAUCCUGUGUAACUGUGGCUUCAGCUCUCCAGUCAGUCAACUCUCCUGUGAGAGAACUGGAUAUCAGCAUUAAUAACUUGAAAGAUCCAGGAGUGAAAAUAAUCUCUGGUGGACUCAAGAGUGCAAACUGUAAACUACAGAAGCUAAGACUGAGGAAGUGUAAUCUCACUGAAACUUGUUGUGUAAAUCUGGCCUCUGUCCUGAAAUCUCCCCACUCUAACCUGAGAGAGCUGGAGCUGAGAGAAAAUGACCUGCAGGAUUCAGGAGUGAAGCUGCUUUUUGCUGGAUUAGAGGAUCCACACUGUAAACUACACACACUUCAGCUGGCGGGCUGUAAUCUCACGUCUGAAUCCUGUAUAACUGUGGCCUCAGCUCUCCAGUCAAUGAACUCACCUCUUAGAGAGCUGGAUCUCAGCAACAAUAACCUGACAGAUUCAGGGAUAAAGCAACUCUGUUCUGGCCUGAUCAGUCCCAAAUGUGAGCUACUCAAACUAGGUGGCUGUAAACUCUCAUCAGAAUCUUGUGUAAGUAUGGCAUCAGUUCUCCAGUCAGUGAACUCACCCCUGAGAAAACUGUAUCUCAGCUGCAAUAACCUGACAGAUUCAGGAGUAAAGCUGCUUUGUGCCGGACUUAUGAAUCUUCACUGUAAAUUGCGUAAACUGAGACUGGCUAGAUGUAAUCUCUCUUCUGAAUCCUGUUUGACUGUGGCCUCAGUUCUCAAGUCAGUCAACUCACCUAUAGUAGAGCUGGAUCUAAGCUACAAUAACUUGACAGACGCAGGAGUGAAGCUGCUCUGCAUUGGGCUGUUGCAUCCACACAAUUCACUGGAAAAAUUAGUGCUUAGUGCAUGUUGUGUCACGAAGGACUGCUGUAUAGAUCUGGCCUCAGUCCUGAAAUCCCCCCACUCUAAACUCAGAGAGCUGGAGCUGAGAGACAAUGACCUGCACGAUUCAGGGGUGAAGCUGCUCUGUUCUGGACUGGGAGAUCCACACUGUAAACUACACACACUGGGGCUGUCAGGCUGUCUAAUCACAGAAGAGGGCUGUGCUUCCCUGGCUUUAGUUCUGAGGUCAAACCCUUCACACCUGAGAGAGCUAGACGUGAGCUACAAUAACCCAGGGGACUCUGGAAUGAAAAAGCUCUUUGCACUUCUGGAGGAUCCACACUGUGAACUAGAGAAAUUGGAAUUGGACCAUGGUGGAGAGUACAGGAUAAACCCAGGACUGAAAAAAUAUGCCUGUCAGCUCACACUGGACCCGAACACAGCACACAGAAACCUCUCUCUGUCUGAAGGAAACAGGACAGUUACAGGGACUCUUUCACCACAACCAUAUCCUGAUCAUCCUGAAAGAUUUAAAGUCUGUGUCCAAGCUCUGUGUAGAGAGGCUUUGACGGAGCGAUGUUACUGGGAGGUGGAAUGGAAUGGAACUAUAUAUGGGUUUAUAGGGGUUACGUAUAAACAUAUCAGUAAGGAUGAGGCCUUCUUCGGAAUGGAUAACAAAUCAUUUAGCCUGUUCUGUGAGAAGGAUGAAUUCAGUUUUUGGCAUGAUUGUCAUAGAACUGCUAAAGUGUCUACCCCUAACUCAUCAAGCAGAAUAGGAGUGUAUUUAGAUUGGGCUGCUGGCACUCUGUCCUUCUACAGCAUCCUCAAUGGCACACUGACCCUCCUGUACACAUUCCACACCGCAUUCACUGAGCCCCUUUAUGCAGCGCUUAUGGUGUACCGUGAUUACUCAAUGUCUUUGUGUCAGACAGAAUAA